ACGAAUACUUCGUUUAUUACUAAUUUAUAUUCGUUUACAUUUUAAUACACGCAUUUUAUUUUAGCUGCAUUUAUUAAUAUUUUGCCGUGAGAAUCUAGCAAGAUUUCACUUUAAAAAAUUAUUAUUAUCAGAAAUGUAGUUGAUAAGAUACGAAAAGAAGAAACAAAUAAAGUUAUGCAAAUUAUUAAUAUAUUUCUUUAUUUAUUAUGCAUAUUUACAGCUAAAAUAAUAAUAUAUUUGUUUUUUUAAUAUAUUUGUAUUUGUUAAUUUGUUGUAUUUUGUCAAACCUCAUAAACACAUAGAAUUAAAUAUUACAGAUAAAAUGGCAGAUAUUUCCUAAUAAGUGUAAAAUCUCCACUUAAGUGGGACAGAAGCAGCCCACAGGAUCGCAUUUCACUAAAAACAUCCCUUCUCAGGAAUAUAAAAUAUAGUUUUUCGCAGGCAGAAGUUAAGAAAGUAUCCAAUCUGAUUUAACAAAAAAAAAGCAAUUUUAAUGACAUAGGGGUUGGGGACACACAAUUAAAUGCAGGAUGAGUGGAUAUAUUUUCAAACUUUCAAUAUAUUUUAGUGUCUUUUCAAUCCGAGCACGGUUCUCUUAGUCAAGGCCCACGGACUUUUAAACUAAAUGGACCAUCAAUAACUUACUAGAUAAACGUUUCCUAAGCCUCCAAACUAGCCAAGGAGAUUCAUGUGCAGUCCACAAGACAAGGUCAUGGCUUUACAUUAAUGUUGCUUUCUGAAUAUUGACGAGCCGUCGUGGGCAAUAAGAGAAGCACGGAAAAGACUCCACAUAUUUGUCUCUGAUUUACGAGGUGGGCAGCGAGUCAUGCUUAGCAGACGAAAGUAGUUUGCACACCGCCAGACAUCUCUAAAUUCUUCUUUAUUUAUUGUUUUAUUUUACUCAAACUAUAUUCAAAUGGUGUUUCUUUGUGGCUUGGGUAAGUUUAGGCCUGGAUUCACAAGAUAAAAAUAAGUGUUUAUGAGACCACAACUUAUUGUUUAGCCCAACUUCUGGCGCUGUAAAUUUUUGGGCAUUUCGAAAUGAUUAACAAGACAUUCCACAUCUCAAAUGUAUUAUUUUGGGAACAAAAAUAUGAAUAUCAAUGGCGCGUUGUCAUAUUACAUUACAUUAACAUUUGGCAGAUGCUUUAUCCAAAGCGACUUACAAUGCAUCCAAUCUAUAUAUAUAUUUUUUUAUGUAUUUGCGUUCAAUAGAAUCGAAUCCAUGACUUUUGCGUUGCUAACACAAUGAACUCAAUUGAGCUACACUGUUUCAUUAACAAUGAUACAUUUUAGAUCUUAUAAACAAAAUGAACACCGAGAUCGGGUACAGGUGUGUUUCUGGUUAUAUAUCAUAUUUAAAUUUAUAACAAUAGAGUCAAGAGCAAUUUCUUUUCCUAUACUGUACUUAUUUCUAUAUAUUUUGUCCUGUUAUUUUCAUUGAUAUUAUGUUUUGUUAUUUCAAUGUUAUUUAUAUGUCCUGUUUUCAAAUUACUGAAGAUUCUGUCGUUUUGCUGAAAUUACGUUUAUGCAUAAAAUAAAUUAAUCCCUAUCAUCCGGUUUUACAGACAAGGUUUAGACACAUGUUUAAGUCUCAACUGAAAAUAACUUGCAGUGACAGAUCUUAAAAUAUGCCAGUGCCAUUGAUUUGUCUCAAGAUACACACCAGUAACCUCUUUUUCAUGUUUAUAUAAGAUGCUUAAAUAUUUUAAUUUAACUAAGGCCUAGUCCUGGCUUUAGCUAAGCCUUGUCUGUGAAACCAGGCCUACUGUAUAUGUCUUAAAAGGUUUCAUCUUUCAGUGACAUUCAGUUAUGCAAGAUAAAUUGUGAUCGAGAGUGCCACCUUGUGGUAAACAUUCGUUAUGUUCACAGUUCCCUGUUUGUUUUGAGUUGGACUAAUGCAUUUCUAAUGUACAGCUUCGAAACACACUGUUCAGGACAGAGAAUAGUCAUUGCAUACAGCACACACUGUAAGUUAGUCUGCAUGCAUUGCAGACAUCACACUGGACCUGGGAUAAAGUAGCCUUACUGACCAGAAAAAAUGAAUACCAAAGUUAGUUCACAGCCUAUCAGUUUUAAAAGUCCAGCACUAUUUAUUUUUUAUUUAAUUAUUCAUUGCAUUUGCCACUUUGAUUGACAAAACUCAAUUUGGUUAUGCAAUGCAAUGCAAUGCAGUGAAUGUCAUACGUUUUAAUGCAUUUUUAACGGAUGUUUAACAUUUAAGAUAGGCCUACAACUUGGUAAAAACAAACUGUAAAUCCUAACAUAUGUCUGGCUUGCGUUACUGCAUUUCCUGCUUCCUCUGUACAGUAUUGCAGCUUCAUCGUUUUUCCACUGCAACGCGCAAUGACGUCACUGCAGUGUAUUUUUAUUUGCACGAGACUCCAGCUGUUAGAUUGAUUCGUCAAAACGGUCGCGCGUGUCCGUGGGUGUGUAUGUGUGUAAUCGCCACGUGAUUCGGCUCGCGCCAAUGUCCUUCUACAAUCCACUCAGCAUCAUGGCUGCGGAUGCUGCGGAUGCGCUCCGACCGCGCCGCAUCCCUGGACCGCGUCUUUUAUUUCUGGUCCUCCUGAUCGUAUCCGCUCUUAAUGCACCGACCCACGGGCUGCUGGGCUUCCGACCGGAAGACACGGGUGGAGAUCUGUCCGUGCAGGACGGGCUGUUAAAGGCGACCGAGGGCACGCGCUUUAUGUUACGCGUGUACUAUGCAGCAUCUCCGCAGAGGCUCAACCGGACGGUUAGCGGCGCCGCAGCCGCGCCGUGGAUCGCCUUCAUAGAGGAACCGGAACCGGGUAGAGAGGGACAGGCACAUCCCAGAAGGAACUUGUGCGUGGAGGAGAGCGCCAGGAGUUCGGAUAUAGAGCUGCUCGGGUCUUUCAAGUCCGCGUCCAGCCAAAACUCAAUCCUGGUGGAGCUGCUUGCCAAAGACCUCCGCAGAGGAGAGAAAAUCAAAUAUUACUCGAUGUGUGCCUUCGAUGGGGUAAAGUGGGAGCACUACCGGACGAGAGACUUCUGGCUAGCGGUGGUGGAGCGGCCGCCGCACGCGGACGGCUGGUUGCAAGCUGGUCUGUCGGUGAUGCUGCUCGCGCUAUCCGCGCUCUUUAGCGGGUUGGUGAUCAGCAUGCUCGCGCUGGACCCGGUGGAGCUCAAAGUGCUGCAGAACAGCGGCACCGACAAGGAGCAAAAGUACGCGCACAAGAUCGAGUCCGUGCGCAAACACGGCAACUACGUGCUGUGUACAUUGGUGCUGUGCAACGUGCUCACCAACACUUUCCUGGUGGUGUGGAUGUGCCAAAUCCUCGGACUCACGCCUCUCUCCACUGCGUCGUGCACUUUUCUCAUCUUCUUUAUUGGAGAGAUCCUUCCGCAUUCCGUCGCAUCAAGACACGGGCUGGCUAUAGCAUCCAAGACAGUAUGGCUGACAAAGAUGCUGAUGCUGGUAACUUUUCCCAUCACCUAUCCCAUUAGCAAACUACUGGAUAAUAUGCUGCACCAAGAAAUCAGUAACUUCUACACACGUGAGAAGUUACUGGCUAUGCUGCGGGUUACUGAUCCAUAUCAUGACCUGGUAAAAGAGGAGCUGAACAUCAUACAAGGAGCUCUGGAACUCAGGACGAAAACCGUUGAAGAUGUUCUGACCCCUCUGAACGACUGCUUCAUGCUGGCCUCAGAUGCCAUACUGGACUUCAACACCAUGUCCGAUGUGAUGCAGAGCGGAUACACCCGCAUCCCUGUGUUUGAGAACGAAAGGUCUAAUAUUAUAGAUAUUCUGUUUGUCAAAGAUCUGGCCUUUGUUGAUCCGGAUGACUGUACCCCAUUGAAAACAAUCACCCAGUUUUACAAGCAUCCGCUGCACUGUGUCUUCAAUGACACCAAGCUGGAUGCAGUGCUGGAGCAGUUCAAGAAAGGGAAAUCUCACCUGGCUAUUGUGCAGCGGGUCAAUAAUGAAGGAGAAGGAGAUCCUUUCUAUGAAGUCAUGGGCAUCGUCACGCUGGAGGAUGUCAUCGAGGAAAUCAUUAAAUCUGAGAUUGUGGAUGAAACUGACCUUUACACUGAUAACCGCACGAAGAGGAGAGUAUCUCACCAUGAGAGAAAACAGCAAGAUUUCUCCAUAUUUAAACUGUCUGAGAGUGAAAUGAAGGUCAAAGUUUCACCACAGCUCCUUCUUGCAACACAUCGGUUUCUGGCAACAGAAGUAGAGCCUUUUAAAUCCACACACCUCUCAGAGAAGAUCCUCCUGCGACUGAUAAAACACCCAAGUGUGGUACAGGAACUCAAGUUUGACAAGAAGAACAAGCGUUCACCAAAGCACUACCUCUUCCUGCGCAACAAGCCGGCAGAUUAUUUUAUGCUCAUAUUGCAGGGUCGAGUGGAGGUAGAGAUUGGAAAAGAGGGAUUAAAGUUUGAAAACGGGCCUUUCACAUACUACGGCUUGCCUGCUAUCAUGACCAUCCUACCAACAGUUCACAGAUCACCAUCCCAUAGCAGUGGUCUCAAUCAUUCUGAUACUACUAUACAUGGUGGCAGUUUGGGUCAGCUGAGUAUAAGUGGAGGACCGUAUUUACCAGAUUAUUCUGUUCGCCAGCUCACAGACCUACAGAUCAUUAAGAUCAGUCGUAACCAUUAUCAGAACGCCAUCACAGCAUCACGCAUUGACACUUCUCCACAAACACCUGAUGCUGACAGCCAAGUGCCCGGGGAGAGAAUGAGCAUCCCUGAGACACGAUCCAACAGCAUCGCCCUGCCUCUGACAGAACCGCGGCCCUGCUUUACCCGAUAUCACCAGCACAGUCACCUCUACAGACAGCCGGAAAGCACCACUACACUUAAUGAGAGAAACCGCAUCGUUCGAAGUAAAUCAGAUGGACAGAAAAGCCCCAGUGACUCUGUGUUUCUGCGGAUGGAUGACAUCCCAUACAUAAGAGACAAUCGGUUAGAGAGAAAGGAAGGAAUGGAUACCAUGGCCGUACCCAUGGAGACAGGCCUGUCUACGUCCCAGCUCAUCAGCUCUCACUCUUUGGCCAGCUCGGAUGAGAACCUGGGAAAAAAACUUCUCCGGAAACUGAGUGUGUAUCAGCUGUCAAGCACCUGUAACCCAGCUUCACACAUAAUCAGUUAACCACAAUCUUAAAAAUAAAGGCAACAAAAAAAGAAAGAAGUCGCGUGAUGGAGAUAAACCUCUGGAAGAAAAUCCUGAUCAUUCACAGGUGAAGACCUAGCGUUUAGUUCACAGGUUUGCUUCUUGCCCAGUUUCUCCUGCAUCGAUGUGAAAUCUUCUCCAGCCUUUCACUGGGUCUUUAGUGAGAGAAAACCCAGCGCACACACUUCACCACAACAGAUGUAGCAUCGUGCAGCCUUGUCUUCAACAUCACACCUGGGAGAUGCUCUCUACUUGAGGAAUAUCCUAAAUCAAGCCUGAAGUUUUCAUCGUCAGGCCUCCGACAUGCAGCAAGACACAUAUAUACUGUAUGAUUACUACUUGAUGAGAUCUAAAGUACAAAAUUUUGAUGGUGGUUUAUAAUGAUGUCAUCCCUAGUCACUGUGCUAAUGACACUCUGACCUAUGACCCAGGCAAAGCCAGCAAGCACAAGCCUGGUAACGUGAAGCCAACCAUUCGACCAAUAAGGACAGAGCCUCAUGUAGACGAUGUAAAAUUAUCUUGAAUUGAUUAAGUGUUUGAUGUGUUUUUUUUUUUACAUCAUAUAGAUGAGAGGUAUACGUCAGGUUGUGCCUGGAAAUUAUUUACGAGAAUUUUGUGAUAUCAAAGCACUUUGAGAAAGAGCCAGAUCAGACCUUUUUAUUUGAUAUUCUGUUGAAUAGACAUUAGCUGAGCUGUUAAAAUACCUAUAUUAGGUAAAUGCUGUCAGUCAUUUUAUUUUAUGUUGUUGAUUCUCCUUAAAGGUCACCUAAUAUGAAAAUUUCACUUUAAAAAAUUGUGUGUGUACACAACCACCCUGUAAUGAUUCAAAUCCACUUCUUUUUUUAUCCCUGUAAAACCUCGACAGUCUCAUGUGACAAGCUAUUGGCAUUUUCUGAGCAAACUGAUGUCACUUUGCACAAGCCCCGCCCACAAUCGUCCAAAGACCACAGUUAGGUCAUCGUUUCUAUAUUAAAUGUUCUUUACGUAUUUUAGUGUCGCACGUUCAUGAACAAUGAAGUAAGAUGGUUGUCUUAUUAAAAACUUUGGUAUAGAUAGGGAAGCAGCAGCUCAUUUGCAUUUAAAGAGAAAAAUUAUUUUCACGAAAAAAAUUUCUUAGUACUUUUGUCUUGUUUUCAGUAAAAUAUCUAAAAUUCUUAAACUAAGAUGCUUUUUCUUGAUGAGCAAAACGACCUAUAAAUAAGUCUAUUUUUAGACCAAAAAUAUCAAAUUUAAGUGAUUUUGUGAAUAAAACAAGCAAAAAAGUCUGCCAAUGGGGUAAGCAAAUUUUUCUUGAAAUUAGUAUUUUUUAAAAAAUUUCCAAGGUCGUUUUGCUCGUCAAGAUAAAGCAUCUUAAUUUAAGAAUUUUUAGAUAUUUUUACUGAAAACAAGACAAAAAUACUAAGAAAAUAUUUCUUGUAGGGAUGCACCGAUACCACUUUUUUGGAAUACGAGUACGAGUACGAGUACUUGCUUUUCAGUACUUGCCGAUACCGAUACCGAGUACUUAAUUAAAAAACAUGAUUUAAAUUUACAGGUAACAGCUUUAGUCAUAUAAUUUAACAAAAAAACAAAGGACUAGUUUUCCAGUUUGUUGUAAACUCUGCCUCUUUGGACAACGCAAGAGGCAUUAACCCCUUACACGCCGCUCAAAUAUAGACAUUUCUCAGACCGUGGUAUCGAUUCCAGGUAUAGGGGGACUUUUAACGAGUACGAGUACUUUAGAAAAUGUGGUAUCGAGGCCGAUACCAGUAUCGGUAUCGGUGCAUCCCUAAUUUCUUGAAAAUAAUUUUUUGCAGUGCACACACAAAAACAGCACUUUGUCCUGCGCACCCAAAGAAGAGCCAUUUUUCAACAUAUUACUAAUAUUACAAAUGCCAUAUUAGGUGACCUUUAAAAUCAUUGCUUUAAUGUUUGCACUUUAUGUUUAUAUAAGAGCACAGGGUAUUAUUUAAGUGGCAUGGCUUGUUUUUUGAGCUAUUUUAGGCCAGAUUUGAAUAGUUUUUGAAAAUUGUGCCAGUGGUCCAAGCAUGUCUUGUUUCACAAUAGAUUUAUUUGUCUAUAUUAAUGACAUUUGCAACACAGGCAUGCUUUUUCAAAAGCAGUAUUAUUAUUGUUACUGGAACAGCAUCGCGUUUACUAUAUGAGAUGUAGAUAGUUAGGACACGAGCAAGCCAUAACUUGAAAAAACUUGAUACUAAAUAAAUAUCACCUCAGACAUUAACAAAGCAAUAUCCAAAACUAUAAUUUUGAAAGAACUUUUUUUAUGAAAAUGCCAGAAUUAGUGAUUUACUCCUCACUUGCAUUCUCUCUCAACUGCAUGUUGAUAUUUAAACUUUAUCCUACAGUCUCCAAGUUUCACCCCUCUUGUAAAUGAUAGCGUAUUUCAGCCAUUACUGGUUCACUGCCAUCACUUUCCCAGCAUGCCGUGGUCAUAAAAAAUUAACCAUUCAGCUUGUCCCUGCCAACAAGUCACAUGAUUACAUUAUGCCAGGCACAGGGGAUUAUAAAUAUAGGGGCUUGGAUGUUUUAUGCAUGGAAGGCUUUUUUAAUGAGUAUGUCAAAGUUAAUACCACUCUCUUUCUCUCUCUCGUGCAUGCGUUCAGCAGAUACUGGUGAUAUAUAUGGACUGUUGGGCUUUAGGUUUCAACCAGUGAUAAGUGAGACGCAGUUUGUCUCUGAGCUCAGCUAACAGUGACCUAUGACACCAUGAGGGAGUCUAAGCACAAAGCCCUUGAUAUAUUUCCCUCUGAUAUUUAUUACUUGUAAAAUUGAAUAGCAAUAACUGAGCUGCAGAUUAUAUAUAUUCUCUUUUAUAAAGGUUUGGCAUCUUGAUUAUCGAAAUUGAACUGAACGAGCCUGCUUGCCGUCAGGCCACUUGGACAGUUUUUGUUGUGCAAUACUGUGAGCUCAACCCGCUGUACAAAGAGAGCACACGCUGAGAGAGAGGCGGUGGCACUCGGACGUCAUGAUACUGCAUUGCAGGAAGAAACAUUACGCAUGCAGACGUCUGGAUCAACCCCCAAACAAACAAAUCAAUAGAUGUAUUACUCGCUGACUCAGCUGGGGUGUACACAUGGACAAAAUCCAUUAAACCUCACUAAUACUUUCUCUCUCUUGACACGUAUUAGCCUUAAACUGUGGGUAUUUGAUAAAGCAAGCAAAUCUCUCUAGCACUUGCUCUAUGUACAGUGGGUUAGCCAAAGGAUAGAUAUAUGUUUCUACAGAGUUUACAAAGACUUCUAUUUAAAAGCAUCUAAUAAAUUGUGUACGACUUUACAAAUAAAAUUGAUCCUCUAAUAUAAGGAUAGAAAUGCUAUAAAUAAGAAUAUCUUAUGUCUUGAUGUGUUAUUUUUGAAUGAAAAUACCACUACACUACCAAUAAACUGAGAUUUGA